AUGCCCCUCACAAUCUCCACGCCACUACUACAUCCCACAUCCUUCCGAAAUAUCAAUCUACUUUUCCGAACCGCACCUCGAUACAUCCAAAACCAAUUCCGAUGUCAAUCUACCACCUCUACUAGCAAUUCAUCCGUCAAUCCAGAUGAAGUCUCACAUUUCAAUGCCCUGGCUUCUACAUGGUGGGAUCCCCAUGGUUCUUCCCGAUUAUUACAUUUGAUGAAUCCGCUCCGUCAUGAUUUCAUCCGUACAUGUCAUGCCUCACAACCGGUAGCACCCGCAACUUCAGGACUGAGAUAUCUAGAUGUAGGAUGCGGCGGAGGAAUUUUCGCUGAGAGUGCUGCCCGAUUGCGAAGUUCCGGGAGUGUUACCGCGAUUGAUCCUUCGCCGGUAGUAUUAUCUGUUGCAAAAGCACACGCGAGGAAAGAUCCCGCUUUGGCGGGGAAAUUAACUUAUUUAAAUACGUCGAUUGAAGGGUUAUCAAUACCGAAAACGAAAGAGGAACAGUAUGAUGUUUUGUCUUUGUUUGAGGUUAUCGAACAUAUUACGUAUCCGUCGUCGUUUUUGGAUAAGUGUAUGCCGUUUGUGAAGCCGGGGGGUUGGAUUAUCAUGAGUACGAUGGCGAGGACGUGGACGAGUUGGUUGACGACUAAGGUAGUAGCGGAGGAUGUUAUGGGGAUUGUGCCGAGGGGAACUCAUGAUUGGUAUCAGUAUAUUAAUGAGGAGGAAUUGAGGGGACAUUUUUUGAGGGAGAGGGGUUGGAAUAGUCCGAUUGUUAGGGGGGUGGUUUAUGUGCCGGGUUUGGGGUGGAAGGUUGUGCCUGGGAGUGAGAAGGUGGGGAAUUAUUUCUUUGGGAUUAGGAGGGAUGAGGUUAGGAGGGUGUAA